GAGAGAGGGCGGGGGAAGGAGAGUUGAGGAACACAUUGUAUUGACAGCGGCCGUCUCCACUCUUUCGCUUGGAGGACAACAGAAAGUGAGACGUAGAGACGCUCCUGUUCACCUGGAUAUUACGUUGAGAAGGAACUUCGGGCCGUCGAGUUGGAGGAGGCUGAUGAGUGCGACAGUGUGUGUGUGCGUGUGUGUGUUGCGGCGGGCUCCGUUUAGCGAAAGAUGAACAAAAACCACCGAGUGCCGAGCAACCAGUCUCUGAGCUCCGUGGAGGUGAAGAGCAAGUUUGGAGCAGAGUUCCGUCGCUUCUCUCUUGACCGCUCCAAACCAGGCCGCUUCGAUGAGUUCUACGGCCUUCUGCAGCAUGUGCACCGAAUCCCCAACGUGGAGCUGCUGGUGGGCUAUGCUGACAUCCACGGGGACCUGUUGCCAAUUAACAACGAUGACAACUACCACAAGGCUAUCACCACGGCGACACCCCUGCUCCGCCUCUUCCUGCAGAGAAAAGAGGAGGCAGACUACUCUACAUUUGGCACAAACUCUUUGACACGAAAGAAACCUCCACUCGCUGCAGUGCUCCUGCGCCCUGAUGCAGGAAGGAAGAAGCCAGCAGUAGUCAUCAGCCUGCCCCGAGACUUCCGUCCCGUCUCGUCCAUUAUCGACGUAGACGUGCUGCCUGAGACGCACCGGCGUGUGCGCCUUUACAAACACGGCCAGGAAAAGCCACUAGGCUUCUACAUCCGAGAUGGCUCGAGCGUGCGUGUCACGCCACACGGCCUGGAGAAAGCACCCGGCAUCUUCAUCUCGCGUCUGGUGCCUGGCGGCCUUGCCGAGAGCACAGGACUCCUCGCGGUCAACGAUGAGGUACUCGAGGUGAACGGUAUCGAGGUGGCCGGGAAGUCUCUGGAUCAGGUCACAGACAUGAUGAUAGCAAACAGCCACAACCUCAUCAUUACGGUGAAACCAGCAAACCAGCGCAACAAUGUGGUGCGCCACAACAACGGUGGAGCUGCGUCAGGGAGCUCGGGUCGAUCCUCUGACAGUGGAGCCAGCUACUACAGCUACACGACGCCGGCUGCCAUGGUGACAACACCUGCACACAUCAUCCAGAACUUCCAUCCUGAGGAAGUGGACAGCGAUGAGGAUGACGAAGACUUGGUGAUCGAAGCAGGGGGUGACAGCAGGCUUGCCUCUAGUUCAGGCACAGAGGCUACUAGCAUCAGCAUGUCCACCCUUCCCAGGUACAGGCCUCACCUUGACCUCCGAGACUCCAACGGGACCUUUCAGCCUACUGUUAUGAGCAGCACCAGCAUGGGGUCACCGAGGAGCCAUGACAGAGGUGUGCAUACACGGAGCCUGGAAGAGGAUGGCACAGUGAUUACACUCUAGAGACAAUAGAACAUCAACAACAACACACACAGCUGAAUUUACACACUCAAUAUACUGUAUAAAAACAGUAUAUAAAAUGAUCCUAACCACAUUAUCCACACACAGGCAAUUCUUUUGUGCCAUAGGACUAACAAUGUCUCUACUCUGUGAGACUACUGAACCCACUCCUUGAAAAAGAGCAUCUGUUUUUGUAAAUUCAGUUCAAAACUCACAGCACUUCUCUUUAAGCACAGAGCUUUUCUUCCCUGCUGGAGGGGAUACACACUUCCCUUUCCUGGGAGCACAGUAAUAGGUAAUGGACUUGAUGUGUGUGGAAAACAAAUAAUUGCACAUGUUUGCAGGUUUUUCUUGCCUGUGGAACUACAAAGACGGAACUCUCUCUGAGACACAAUAUCAGUGAUGACAAUCUGUUUAAACGCCCUCUCCAGAGUCAUGAUCCGAACCACAAACAAAUUUCAGUGACUUCUGCAUCUCACAGAUAGCACAGUAAACACACUAUGGUUACACUGUUAAUCUAGGAGAUGUGCGUGGAGGCCUGACAAUGGUUCAACUGUCAUAUUUGCUUCCUGGAGCGCUUUUUAUCGAACGUUGACUAAAUUUAGGAUGAUUCUAAAAUUUUCUGUAUAUGAAUGUUUCUUAGGUUUAUUAGGCCUGUAGUUGGCCACUGCUAAUGCUUUUAAUCAUUGCCAAGGGCCCAAAAAUCAAACAUAUUUUUGUAGCAGAUAUUUAAAAAAAUUUUUUUACCAUUUAUGUUUAUGACGAGGGCCAUGUCUCUGCCCUGUGACAUCUGAUUUACAUGUUGUGUUUUUUCUUAACGUAAAACAUCACCAGAACUCGACACUAAUGGUUGAGCUUCAACGCAGCUAACAGACAUGUCCACUAACUUUUUUUUACGGUGCACUCUGAAGUGAAGUGUUUCAUGUAUGAGGAGUGUGUUUAUGCCUCUUGGAAUAGUGCUGGAUAUUCAAUAUAGCACAGUUUUAAACCACCACUACCAAACAUGUGGUACGUAGAUAUGGGCUGCAGAAGGAGCACUUUUUGUAACAACUUUCUUCCAGGUGAUAUGUCGUGAACUUUGAACUGAACUCUGACCUGCAGUAGAUCACUGUGGAGCCUUUCUGUGGUUAUAACAGAAGCAGCCUAAAGAUAUGAACAUGGGUGGCUAGUGGUUUGUAGGCCUGUGUGAUGUGGGCAUUGGCUGAAUUAUUCUUAUCUCAUAAAGAUAUGCUCUACAAAGGCACCUUCUAUCAUGGAAAACACACACCUGUACUUGUUUUCCCAUCCCUGACUCACCUAGACAAAAGUUGCACUGUUUCCCAUUGAGGCAAGAGUCUGCUUAGUUUUAGGACCUGAGAACAAUUCCUCUCAUGCUUCUGAAACUCUGGCUAAUGUAUAAACAUCUAUAAAUGAGACUAAAUCAUAAGGAAACACUUAACCACCAAUUACAAUAACUUAUCUACCCCAAUCUACUGCUUCAAGAUAAUAUGAUUAUUGCUUUUGUAAGCUCAAAGGUGAUAUAACAAAUACACUAGAUUUUAUAUUAAUGGAUGUAAUGACUAUACAUCUUGAAUGUGAUCAUAUUUUGAUUGACUGCUGUGCCUCCUGUACUCUUAAACCAGUGUUCUUGGAUCUUUAUCCAUAGUGUAGGAUGUGUAGCAUUCUCCUUCUCCUCACUUGUACUCUGAUGAGAAUCAAAAACACUGGAUGACUGUGACCAGAACACCUUCCUCUCUACUUUUAUCACCAUACAUAGCCACUUUAAUAAACCAACCAUUAUAAAGGCUUUUCAUGGUUCAUUAUACUGUACUAUGACAAGGUUGACCUCUCAUCCUAUCCUAUAAUUCCAAGCUGUUCUUAAAUAUAACAUGAUCAGACUGCAUUUUAGGAAGCAUUGUUUAUUUAUUUGGUUGCUAAUCACUACACUACACUUCUGAUUGUUAUCAAAGUGACUAUUUAUUUUCUAAUCAUCUCUACGGAUUUUAUUCUUUCUCCUUUUUUUUAAGAUUACAUGUAUCUCUUUUUUUUUUUUCUUCAUAGAGGAGCAUCUCUGUAAACUCAAUAUAGGGACACUUUUUAUUUUAUGGGGUUUGUUUUAAUAGGCUUUAAUUUCUUCUAGAGCAUAAGCUGGAGAUAACGUGCUGUUUUCCAUACUGUGAAUUUAUUUCAUUUCUGGAGGAGACCUGAAUGAACCACCGACUAAUGGGCUUUUUUUUUGUAUUUCUUUGUGCUUGUCAACUCCUUUUAUUUCUUUUUUAAUAAUGAGCAAUGAUUCUUUUGCUUGCUAGAUAAAUCCUAAGGUAUAGAUUUGUACUGAAAUGACCAGUAUUUUCAUAAUGCUAUAUACUGUAAAUUAGUAUCGCAUUAAUUCAACUGUUUAAAAGAAUAAAUAUUCUAUUAAGACAUAGGUGCACAUGUAUACAUUAGUCUACAAGCUGGAUGAAAUAAACUAAUGUGUAGAAAUGGC